AAAACCAAAUUAGCAUCUUUCCCUUUUCCACCAGAAGUCUGAAAAGCUAUAAAUCUGAACCAGCAUUGGCUAGAACUUCGCCACAACGCCCAAAUCCACACCAGCCACAGAUAUUACAGCUUUUAAGCUCUCAAAUGUCGAACCCCACUUGCCAAGAUAUUCAAUUUUUCAUUCCCUUUACACCAAUUUUACAGUUUACUUAACCUCUAAGUCCUCUAGUAUCUGGAACGUUGUAGUAGAUUAUUUUCCCUUCUCCAUGAUUUCCUCAUCCGACGGCAUUUCGCCGUCGCUUAAAGUUAAGACAGAGCUUUAUAACCCUACUGCUAAUUGGGCUUUUGUCCCUCUGAGGAGAGCAUUUCAACAUAGAAGCAAAUGUCUAAUGAAUAGGAGAAGUUUUGCUUUUAGGGGAAUUGUGGCUUCUGGAGUUUCUGUUAUGGGCUCUUCUGCGGUUUUGCAACCUGCUCAAGGAAUUGAAAGAUUACCUUUCAAACCAGAAGGUUAUAACUUCUGGACAUGGCGGGGUCACAAGAUACAUUAUGUUGUAAAAGGAGAAGGUCCUCCGAUAGUUCUUAUUCAUGGUUUUGGUGCUUCUGUAUUUCAUUGGAGGUAUAACAUACCAGAGCUGGCUAAAAAGUACAAGGUCUAUGCCUUAGACUUGCUGGGAUUUGGAUGGAGUGAUAAAGCAAUUAUUGAGUAUGAUGCCAUGGUUUGGAGAGACCAAGUUGUCGACUUUAUGAAGGAAAUAGUGGAACAGCCCGCUGUUUUGGUUGGGAACAGCCUUGGAGGGUUUACUGCCUUGGUUUCAGCAGCAGGGUUGCCAGAUCAAGUUCGCGGAGUUGUAUUACUAAACUCUGCUGGGCAGUUUGGAGACGUAAAUAAGUUGACGGAUGAGCCAGAAGAAACCAGCUUCCAGAAGUUCAUUCUGAAGCCAUUGAAGGAUUUUUUUCAGCGGAUCUUUCUUGGAGUUCUUUUCUGGCAAACUAAGCAACCAGCUAGAAUUGUCUCUGUUUUGAAGAGUGUAUACAUAAAUUCGGAAAAUGUGGAUGACUAUCUGGUAGAGUCUAUAUCGAUGCCAGCAGCUGAUCCGAAUGCUAGAGAAGUUUACUACAGAUUGAUGACAAGAUUCAUGUUCAAUCAAAGCAAAUAUACUCUAAACAGUGUACUGAGUGAGCUGUGCUGUCCACUUUUGUUGUUGUGGGGUGACUUAGAUCCAUGGGUUGGUCCUGCUAAAGCCAACAGAAUCAAAGAAUUUUAUCCCAACACAACUCUUGUAAAUUUGAAAGCAGGGCAUUGCCCACAUGAUGAAGUUCCUGAGCUUGUCAAUUCAGCUUUGAUGGAUUGGCUAGCAACCCUACAACAACCUCAACCAACACUGUGAAGAUCUUUUCUCAAAUUUUACUGUAUUUCUUGUAUUCACGCUUCACUCUGUGAUUUACUGUACAUUUUGAGAUCUCUUUACACUUUUCAAAUGCUUAUGUCUGAAACAUAGAAUCAUGAUGGAUUUUAGAAUAGUAUGAAAGACUUUUAUUUGUUGAUAAUCUGAAGUUUGUACAACCUUAA